CAUCAAGCAGUAGAUCGAAAUCAACCAUCCUUCAAAGCUCAAACAAAAAAAUAUCAAGAUGGCCACAUUUCAUCACCACUCUUUUCUCCUCUCCAUCAUCCUCGUAACCCUAUCUGUCGCCGGGACCGCCGCCGUGAAAUUCCACAUCGCCGCCACCACCCCGGCCAUCAGGUCCACCUUCAACCGCCGCAUAGGGAUCCGCUACGCCACACAGACGAUGACCACAGCCUCCAGCUUCCUCUUCAAGACCUUCAACCAGCGCGACGUGGCCGACCGCAAGCCUUUCCGAAACGUCACCGUUUCCAUCGACAACUCCGCGGACCACGGUCUCGUGGUCAACAACAAGAACGGCACAGAAACCAACGAGUUCCGCAUCGGAGUCAACUGCUUCUCCAACGUCAGCUCCUCCACCACCGCGGCCAGGCGGCGGGAGUUCUCGGGAUUGGUGUACCACUACAUGACGUACGUGUGGGGAUGGAACGGUGGAGGGAAAGCGCCCGCCGGGCUGAUGUCCGGGACGGCGGAUUACGUGCGGUGGAAGGCUGGUUUCGGGCUUCCGGAGAAGGUGGGCGGCGCGGGAGAGAGGUGGGACCAGGGUGACGAUGUGACGGCGAGGUUUUUGGACUAUUGCGGCGGUUUGAAGAAUGGGACGACGACGUCGUUUGUUGCGGAGAUGAAUAAGUUGAUGAAGGAUGGAUAUAGCGACGGGUACUUUAAGCAGCUAUUGGGAAAGAGCGUCGGUGAUCUUUGGAGGGAGUAUAAGACUGCCGUUGGCAAAGACGGUCGGUUCGAACCGAUUUUGCACUGAGUUUUGGUUUGCACGAUAAUUAGUUACGGAUUACGAUCGAGCUUUUUGAUGUGUGGUUGGUAAACUUAAUGUAACGUUACAGAGCUUUUUGGGAUUAAUAUAUCAAUGUUGGUUUGGGAAUACGCACAAGAAAUUGAAGAAUUAAUACGCUAAUUUUGUUUUAAUUACUUCCCUUCAGUAUGGUUUUUGUUUAUUUACUUUUUCUCAUAAUUUAUACGGGUGUUUAUGAGUGAUUGAUUGAUAUUUGGACACAAGUUCUAAGUUCUAAUUUUUUUAAUAUUAAAAGCAGCGGAUUGUAAAAGCGGUUAGUGACUCAAUUUAGAAAGGGUCUUCAACUCGAAUCAGACUUACUAUAUAGUCCACUCACUAUAUACUCACUAAAGACCUAAGUUUAGG